AUGCCGUUAAAGGGGGCAAGAGUUGAAAAUGAUGAAAGAAGCAACGCCUCUGAAGGUGAAGAUGAAGAUAGUGCACCAAUUGAUAACAUGAAAUUUGUGAGCGAAGAUGAUGAAGAGAAUCCGGAUUGGCCCGAUGAGACUUAUGUUAAUAAUGAAUAUGUUGAGUACGAAGAACCACCCCCUGACGAGUUUGAAGAUGAUGAGUGGAUUCGUUCUUCCACAAUACAAGAUAUGCGCAUUGGCGAAAGUUCAACUCAUAGAGGAGAUGAUGACGUCCCUUUCAGAGUUUGUGAUUUAUUCGAGACUAAGGACCAAUUAGUUGAUGCUAUUCAAGAUUACUCAAUCAAAAAUUUGGUCAAAUUUAAGCAAAUUAAAAGCAAUGGCACAAGUUAUGAGUUAAUUUAUUUUAUGAAUAUACAAAGGAAAGGUCAUGCCGAGGGAAAUGAAGCUGGUUACGCAUGUCCUUGGAAGUUAUAUGCAUUUGUCGGAAAGAAACAUAAUGGGUAUUUUAGGAUUAUAGAAUAUUGUGGUGUUCACACAUGUAGCAAUCCAAUGUUCGAGCAAGAUCAUAGUGGUGCUUCCGCCUCUUACAUAGCACGGUUGAUUAUGCCAAAAUUAAAGAAGAAACUUGAACUAAGGUCCGAUAACAUAAUUGAGAGAGUGUUAGAUACGAAGUUCAUUGAAAUAUUAUAUAAUAAAGUGUGGAAUGCAAGGAGAAUUGCGAUGACAAAAAUAAUUGGUGACUCGGAGAAGUCUUACGCGACACUACCUCAAUAUCUUGAUACGAUCAAAAGAAGCAAUCCUGGAUCUGAAUACAAACUCAUAACCAAAGAGAUCAAUCAGGGAGUUCAUCAAUUCACCUUUGUAUUUUGGGUAUUUGGUCCUUUGAUCGAGGGACUUAAAUUUUGUCAGUCAGUUCUUAGCAUUGAUGACACACACUUAUAUGGUAAAUAUAAGGGUGUAUUACUUGUUGCUAUAGGAGUAGAUGCAGAUGGUGGCUUAUUUCCUUUGGCCUUCGCAGUUGUGGAUGUCGAGAAUAGUAAAAAUUAG